CUCACACAAUACAGAAAAAAAAGUGCAGGCUGUAGCUGUAGAAAUACACAUUGUAAAUGUAAUACGCAAUCUGCUCCAUCUCAAUGCUCUGCUUCAAUUGCAUGAUCAAUAUACGAUGUUGUAAAGAGGAAAUGAUAAGAAGGAAAGUGGUAAGGGACACAAUCAAAAGAGAGAUGGAUAUUUGGAGAAACCAGAUCGAGCGAGGCUGUGAAAGAAAGGGCCCUUUGGACAUGGAGCGCAUAAUGAUGCCGGCUAGGUAGAUGGACCGAAGAGGGGGGGGAAAAAAGACGAAGAAGGAGAAGGAAUAUCCGUUUUCAUCUCGUAGUCUUUCUACUAAUUGAAUACAACAGGAGCUGGUUGUAUUGACUACAUGGGUGCGGGUGUAUGUGUUAUUUGUGAGGAUAUCGUCGCUGACCAUCAUCAUCGUUAUCAUCAUCAUCAUCCGUCUUUUUUUCUCCUGCAGCCAACUUUUGUUUUUUAUUUCUUCUUCCCUUCAAGUAACCCAUCCAUCAGCUGGUCUUUCUUCAUCCUCCUUUUGAUCCACAACAGAACAAGUCCUUGUUCCCCGCACAAAAUGUCCAUAUCCAAUCUGACAGUCCCCACAAUGGCUGCGCCCGUGCCCGUGCCUGGACCUGUGCCUGUGCCCGUGCCUGCCGAGCCAUCCUCGCUGUCCCCCAGACGGAUGCGCUUCAGCCUCUCGGCGCUGCAGAGCCCCACAUCCAGUGCCACUGCCCAUCUCAGCCAAAGAGACAUCCAGGCCCUCCAGAGAAAGGGCCUCCUGCGAUCUAAUAUCACUGCCAACAACAACACUCUCGAGUCCCAUGAUGUCCAUAGCGCUAUCCAGAUCUCACAUUCAUUUUCACAUCCAUCCUCCCAUCCACAUCGAUCAUCGGCUAACUCCCCAAGACCAAGCACACCAUCGCCCAAGGCUCCUUCGUCGCCGUCAACAUACCACACUCUUUGCGCAAAGCCGCCCCUGCCGAUCGCUGCUCGAGUCGCCCCUCUGAUCAGCUCAUCCAAAUCAAGAUCAAUCCGCAUCGCCAAGCAAAAGUCUCUCAAGGGAGUUGAUGACUCUGCCCUCGUCAUCCACCACAGAGAACGCCCUCUUCCCGCCUAUCAUCAAGGAUUCAUCGAGGACACCUGCUCUCAUCUCCACGUCCCAGGUGUUCUUCGUCGCCAUUCUGACUCGUCAAAUCAGCGCUCCGUCACUGCAACAGCAUCAGCCCUUGCUCGCAGCCCACUUCCAGAAGACACCUUGGCAUUUGAUCCGAUCCGACGCGCCUCUAUCGCCACCGCAUCGCCAACGGUGCCAACUCCUCUUGGCGACAGGACAGUUCUAUACAGAGCAUCUCAAGCUCACACUCUCUUGGCUUUGCCCUCCAAGAAUGCCUUCCUGGGCAACACUCAGGCCGGAGAUCACUUCACGCCCACGCCCCCUACUCCCGAGAUGACAAGCUUCCGUUUCCCUGCUGACCGUAACAGGUCACCCUCCCCAGCUCUGUCGCCUUCCAUAUCAGCCAUGUCCCCGACAAUGGCCAUGAGAUCGAAACGCAAGAGCAGCAUUCCCAUGCGGUCCCCGAGUGCAGGCGACUCGCUGGAUGCAUCGCCAGGUGUUAUCUUUCAGCUGCCCUUUGGCACGCCGCCUCUACCCCUGACUCCGUUCCGCAAAGCUAGUACUCCCUCUAUGCUUUCCCUUUCUUCUACCUUUCCAUCGGAAAGCAGAGGCGAUGAAAGUAGCGGUUUGAACAGCGAGGCGCUAGCGACCUACCCUUCUCCCGCCUCAAGAUCCGUAUCCGCAUCUAGCGGCUCGGGCGCAGAAAUACAGGAACUGCCGGCUCCGUCGAUCCGCUUUGAUACACCGCCCUCUCCACCAAACCGAUCCGGCCUUGGAAUCCAAGUUCAAGAGUCUUUCGCUCAGUCCAGAGCGACACACCCACUCGAAUCAUCCUCGCUGUUAUCUGCGACUACGAAUGCAUCACAAGCACAGCUGCACCCGAUCACGUUCACAGACGAGGACUCCACCAUGUCGAUCGGCGAUAUCAUCGUUGCGGAGCAAGCAUCGGCUGCGCAUAGACAAGAAGCACAGUCGGCCGAGGUGUCAGAAACCACUGAUCACCCCGUUCUGUCAAGUUCCAUGCCGACGCCACCACUGACAUCCAGGGUCUUGGCCUUGAGAGUGAUGGAGGUGCAGGACGGUCCAGGCAUGGGUACUAAUCUGGGCAACAGCUUGACCUCGCCCCUAACACCGUUUACUCCUGGGAAUGGAUUCACGGCUAGACAAGAUGCUGUUAUCUCAAGAGAGCAAACAAGUGUCGUCUCCUUUGAGGCGUCAGAUGUGGUCAUGGAGUCUCAGGAAGAUGGUCAGCAAGAGGAUCCCUCAAUUGAAGCAGCGGAGCCACAACACGACCGUAACACGCGUGCGGGAUCAACAUCUUCGGAUUGCUCGAUCAUCAGAGAUAUGGAGCAGGAUGGCAAAGAAGAUCCAUCGGCUUUGCCAUUGUGGGCGCAGCGUCAACUCCACAUCCGUCGGCAGUCGUUGAUCCCUCGUCCGGAGCUCGACUUUGUAAAGGGAUCCGGUAUUCUCCCGCCUGCUACCAAGGGUCUGGUCGCUCCUGGAGGCGCUGUCAUUCUGAGUUACCCAGUCUUGAUCUCCGAUAUGGUGCAUGUGGCACUUGACGAGUUGCAGGCUAAGGGCGUGCCCCUCGACGGCAGUGAUCUCUCGGAGGAAUCGGAGGAGGACAUGGAGCAGCCUUCGAUCGUCAAGGGCGCCACCAAAUUUGGUGUGAGGACAACUCGAGGCUCCAAGCGGAGAAAGAGCGCCGGCCACGGUCAGACAGGGAAGAGACGCGGCUCCGGAGCUGGCACGAAGGCUCAGGCGAUGGCUCAUGAGGGUGAGGAUUAUCAGAGCGGAGACGAGUAUCCGGGUGAGCUCGAGGGCGCAGAGGAAUCUAAAGCACAACAAGGAUAUAUGUCGAGUCAGAACAGCAAACGACGUCGUCUUGAUGGUGUUGUCAAGGACAGUGCGGAAUUGCUGGCUCGAACUCGAAUAGUUCCUGAGCGCCAUAGUCCCUCGAUCUACCGCAGACGUGAUCAGCAUGGAGCUGGAUUCUCGCCUUCACCAUCAACGUCCCCUCAUCUGGGUUCGGCACCGUUCCGUCAAGGCAGGCGCGUAGCAUCUGCCGUUAAGUUGGAUAGCCACCAUUGGUCUGGAGAUGAGGAUUUGGUUAUCGAGGACGCUGAUGUCGACGACGACGAGAUCGACAUCGACGACGAUGAGAUUGUCCAUCAGAACCGAGAAUACGAUGUCUACAGCCGGAAACAUCAGUACAAAAAUCCGCGUCAGUCGCAGGUUCCGGAGCAUCUCCGGAUUCCGCCUUCGGAGGUCGAGAUUGCCGUGAGGCUGACGAAGGAGAUGAUGGAGCUGAAGAGGAAGCGGAAACCAAACAACAAGGAGACACUUAAGACUCGCGCUACCAACAACAAUCAUAGCAGCGGUCGUCCCUCACUCAAGGCACUCAAGCCGCUGCUAGACGCUACGAUGAAAGCGGAUCGCGAUUCGGUUACGGAGCAUAAUAAUGAAGACGAUGACAGCGAGAUGGAGAGUCCUGAGAAGAUCAAGACAAUCAAGGCAUCGGGGAGCAGCACAACCAAGAAGACGGCGACGACCAAGGCGAACAGUAACUCGGCUGCUGCUGCUGCUGGCGGUAGCAGUAGUAGUAGUGCUCCCAAACGGCUGUCGAAGUCGAAGGAGGGCAAGAUGAACACGAAGCGGUGUGAGGCAUGCGGUGCGACGGAGACGCCAUGCUGGCGACCGGGAUACACGCCGCAUUCGGCGUUGUGCAACUCUUGUGGACUGAGGUACAAGAAGUCGAAUGUGUUUUGUCCAAAAGUGGGAUGCAAGUAUAUUCCGUUGAAGACGGAGUAUGCGGCUAUGGAGGUCGAGCGUGCGAAGGCUGGCCGUGCACAUUUGUUGUGUCAUAAGUGCAGGGGGCCUGUGGCAUUGCCUGUGCCGAAGGAGUAAAUGGUAUAUAGCCUCGGAUGGGGAGGGAUGAGGACGUCCUUAUUUAUUCUUGUCUCGAUACCCUCUUUUCUCUUUCCCCUUCCCCUUUCCUUCUCCUAGUCUCUUUCGCAGCUUCGGUCAUGUAAUGCCUCACAGCCACGCCAUUUUAUUAUGCCACCAUCACCUUUUCUACGAAAGAAAAAAAAAAAGAAGACUGAAUCUCCCUUGGUAAGUCUUUUCCGGGGAGGACCAGAUCGAGGUUCAUGUUUUUGUAAGUCUGAAUAAAAUAUUAUCCUUUUCCUUUUCUUAAUCGAAUAAAAUAAUAAAAUAAGGGUGUAUACAUUUGAGUUGACCGGGUAACUCAGGUCAACUCAUUCUGAGC